AUGAAGGUUCUAUUACUGAAAGACUACACCACGGGCUAUGCCUGGGGACAGCUUAUAGUCGACUCUUUCAUGCUUCACAUCACACAGGUUCCUUCGGCUCAAGUCGAUAUUUGCGAAGCUUGCGGCGGAGAGGCACUUCCUAGCGUGGACCAGUAUGAUCUGAUUAUCCUUACGGGAGGCACCUUCAACCUCCUGAGCACUUCGUUUGACGAAUUUCCAGCAUGGGUGCAGCAGGUAUUGAACCAGAUUCGAGACCUUGCUGCUAACCGGAAUAACACCAAGGUGCUGGGUAUCUGCUGGGGCCACCAGGUAGUUCAGUUUGCCCAUGGUGCCACCUUGUCUCCUCUAGUAGAGGGAUCGCGAGGGCUGCUUAAAUUCCAUAAACGCUAUAUCACGUCCCUAGCGCCGGGCUUCACGGCACUCGCUGAAAACAAUGAAAUUCUUAUCUCCGAGUCGAAGAAGAUAUUGACUUUUCAGGGUCAUCCCGAGAUGACUCAACAGAUCGCUCAAGAGCUCAUUGAUACUGAUGACGGAACCUACCGCGUGAGUGUUGAGAACACAGUCAGUUCGGUUAAGGGCAUUGAAACUUCUCAUGAUGGCGGGCUGGUAUGGGAGAAAAUUAUGAAGUGGGCGCAGAGCUAG